AUGACAACGAACUAUUCAUACUACUUGAUCCCCUUGGUCCAUCUUCAGACUCUGUGCACUUCCAUUCGGUUCGCGACUGUGAGAUUAGGGUUUCGAAACAAUGUCAACCCAAGAGAAAUUAUCGCUCAAAUGGAGAAAUCGGGUAAAGUGAAACCUCAUACUUUGGACAAGAUCAAGAGGAGACAGGCUGCACAUGAAAAUUGUUUUGAGAAUGAAGCUGUCUGGAUUGGAUCCAUCUUAGCGGGUAAUUUGGCCGGUCUUUCUCCAAAAUUCAUGAAUACAGUGUCGAUCAGUUAUUUCUUGUUGAGAUGCGCCUAUAUCUAUUUGUAUAUCUCGGUAUCGACUCAGAAGAAAUCAUAUUUGCGUUCAAUCGUUUGGUGGGCUAGUAACUUCUGCUUCUUGACUACUUUUGUCAAAGCGGGAAUCAAGAUGAAUUCGGGUACAUUGUAG